ACAUACAGAUUUUGGCUGCAGAAUUGGAUGGGACCAUCCCUGCCUGGUUCCUCUUCCUUUAUUCACUGUGCUGGUAAUAUGGAUUGUACUGAAGAUCCUUGGACUGAAAUCAAUGGAACUCGCACGCAAAAUAGUUAUGAUAGUAGUAGCAAUAGCAAUAGUAGCAGUAUUAGUAGCUUAAGUGCCAGCUCUAGUGAUAGUGAUUACAAGACUACAGGACCGAGUGAAUUAGAGGCAGAUGUUGAUUCUUUAACGUGUAGACAGUCUAUGGUAUCUUCUGGUGAUCAGUUGGAAAGUGAUGGCCCCAAAUUGGGCUCUAAGCGGUCUCGAACUGGAGUGACAGAGUUGUUAAGUACAGCUACAAACAUCCCAGUGCAAGAUGCUUACAUGUCUGAUUUUGUUUCCAUGGAAGUGAACAAUUCAGCCAUUACAGGAGUAGGAAAUGAACCAAUUGGGUCUUACUGGGACUGGGAUGAUGAUGAUAGGGGCAUGGAAAUGGAUAUUCAAGCCCUUCUAUCAGAGUUUGGUGAUUUUGGUGAUUUCUUCGAAAAUGAUGUUUUGCCUUUUGGAGAGGUAUCUGAAUAUUUAUACUAUGAUUUAAAGAGGAUUCUUUCUUUUGAUUUCCACUUUUUCUCAUCUAUAAUCCUGAGUUUAGUGAGAGCCAUUGAGUUGUGA